UUGUAGCUCGCGCCGGGGCAGCAGAGCUGGGCUCGAGCGGGAGAAAAAAGUGAGCGGGACUUGCAAGGGUCCCGGCGCGUGCGUUGCGCGUUUCCUCUUUUAGGCGCGCGGAAGGAAGCCUCGAGGGCUUCUUCCUUCUUCCCGCCCAGCUGGUGGCGAGGGUCGAGCGGGAAAGAAAACUUCGGGGAAGGGGCCGCGCUGCGUUGGUGAGGCGAGAAGCGAAGCGCGCCGGCUGCUGGGAAGUCCCUCGCGAGCAGGCACCGGGCGGCGCCGAGCCUAGGCGUCUCUCUUGCCCCGAUUCCCGCGCGCCUUUCGCUCGCUGUGAUCGCUUUCCUGGCUCGGCGAUGGAGUGGGGCAGCCUGGGCGCUGGUUCCCGCCCAGGCAGCUCCGGGACGAGGUGACUCUCUUUCGCCAGCCGAGCCCUGCCGUUUAGGGACCAUGAGCCCGGGAAGCUCUUCGGCCUUGUAGCUCGUCAGGCGCAGAAGCGACCGUCGGCGGGGCGCGGGUGCUAAGUGAAAGGGCGGCGAGCGGGAGCCAUGGGGGCCAACAGCACCCCCGGCUUCAAUUCCACCGACGCCUGCCCCACUCCGGAAGAGGAGCCGGACUACAACUUCGCCGCGCUGGUCUUCGGCGUCUUCCUCAUCCUCUUCAUCAUCAGCGGGAAUUUGCUGGUGUGCCUCAGCGUGUGCACCGAGAAAGCGCUGAAGACCACCACCAACUACUUCAUCGUCAGCUUGGCGGUGGCAGACCUGCUCCUCGCCAUCCUCGUGUUACCUCUCUACGUCUUCUCAGAGGUCCCCAAAUCUUUGUCGACUAUUGCAGAUUUGAAUGCCACAGGGCAGCCUUUGCAGGAAAGCUUGUCGUGCCUUGUGAGCAUGUUUGGGAUCCUGUAA